CCUGCGCACCCAUCAAUUCCCCACAUUUCGUUAUGGCACGCAUCACCUCAUUAACUGUCCCAUACCAAUGACCGGACAAAACGAGAAGUUUCCCCUCACCUCCCCGCACUAUAAUGGUCACACCGCCGGCCACCACCAACACCUUCUUAUAUCGGCCUCCUCCCCCCGCGGCUUCCUCACCUGGACAUGUGGAAUGAUCGAAGCGUGACAAGAGCAGAGCAUGGAGAAGGCGAAGACAUCCCCGAGCUGCGCGACAUCCACCCACUGACCCCCCGCUCCCUCGCUAGCCGCGGCCGCCGGAGGGACCCCUGGGACGGCGCCGGAAGCCUUUCGGUGAGGACGAACGUCAGCUUGAUCGACUCGACUAUGACCAGGGAGCUCAGCGCUAUGGUCGUCUCCGGCUCCAACGCGCAGCAGAACGGAAGCGGUCAUUAUGGCAACGAGAGCAACGACAGAGGCGAAGAUGUGCUAGGAGAGGAGGUGGCGGAGGUGUCGACGGAGACGAACCCGCUCGCUAUCGUACCCACUGAUCCCAUCGCGUCGCCGGGGCUUACGUCGCCGCCCGGUGCGGGGGACGACGAGGGCGCGGGGGAGGUAGGGUUGCCGCCGGUGCACGUGGUGAGGAGGGAGGAGGUGGAGUCGAAGGUGGCGGCGUGGCAGACGGCGGAGGUGGCCAAGGUCAACAACAGGUACAAGCGCGAGGAGGUGGUCAUCAACGGGUGGGAGAGCGAGCAGGUGGAGAAAGCCACUGCUUGGCUUAAGAGAGUCGAGAGGAAGCUGGAAAAGCAGAGGGCGAGGGCGAUGGAGAAGAUGCAAAACGACAUUGCGAAAGCACAACAGAAGGCGGCGGAGAAGAAGGCGUCGGCGGAGGCGAAGAGAGGGACGAAGGUAGCUAGGGUGUUGGAACUGUCCAACUUCAUGCGAGCCGUGGGCAGAGCUCCCUCGAAGCGCUCCUUCUUCUAGUUCCGAGUCCAACAGCUGAAUUACUGUCUCCUCUUGGUUGGUGAAGGAUCGAAACUUCACAUGUACACGCGUAGGUCAACUGCUGUAGUUAUGAGCUUGUUUGCAGUGAGGGGACCAGUGUUGUAAUAUAAUCCCCCAUCGAUAUCUGUUUGUCUGUGUGAGUUAAAUAAAUUUGUUGCCCUCUAAUCUUUGAGAAA